AAAAACAAGAGAAAAAAAAUAUACCUAUUUAUUAAUAUAAACAAUAAUUAAACAUUUAAACUAACCUCAAAAUUAACCUCAAAAUAAAAUUUCAAGACAAUAUUUAUCCUAAUUAAUUUUCCGAACUGGUGUCGCUCGUUCCCUUAUAAAAAAUGAAAUUAAAAAGAAAGUAGGAAAGAAAUAAAAAAGAAGUAAAAGACAAAAUUCAGUUCGAGAACAAGAGGAUGGGUUGAAUUGCCCUCGGAUUCGGAGUGCAGAGCAAAAAUUAAAUUGAGAUUGGAGCACUGCCUCAAAGACAAGGAGGAUUCGAGGAGAUUAUCACAAGCGAGUCAAAGUACUUACAGCAGUAGAUCGUCCCAGGAUCGAGGGAGAUUUGCCGGCGAUAUUGAAUCGGAAAAUUCUGCAUUUAACAUUUGCGAUAAGCAAAGUGUCAUGGCUCUAUUUAAAGAUCAUGUCAAUAUCAAAGUUUCGAAUGUUAAUUUAACAUUGUGCAUGAGUUCAGUCACUGGCCUCACGGACUUAAUUGAGGACGAAAUUAUUCCCAAGCCCAUUCCAGUUGAGGACAUAACUUUAAAAGUACUGAAUAGCGAUGAAUGUGAGGAAGAAUCGAGUGAUAAAAAGAAAAUGCAUGAGAAAAAUAGUCAAUUACAGGAAACAGAGAGAUUAUCAUCAUCAUCAUCAUCAUCAUCAUCAUCAUCAUCAUCAUCAUCAUCAUCAUCAUUAUCAUCAUCAUCAUCUUUAAAAGAAGACAACGAAGACACGAAAAACGAUUUCAAAUUAAAUUCCGAGACGAAUUUGAAUAAUUUUAUUCAGAUUGCUCCGGAAUUUGAAAAUGUACCACCGCCAAUUCCACCACUGGAUUCUAGUAAUGAAGCCGAUUUGAGCGAUUUUUAACGUUGAUAUAUGAGAAAAUCGAG